AUGCAGAUAAGAAACAUUGGUAAAGAGUCUAUUCAUGCUAUAUGUAGUAGUCAAGUAAUAUUCACAUUAAGUAGUGUUGUAAAGGAGUUAGUUGAAAAUUCAAUUGAUGCAGAUGCGAAUGAAAUAAAAAUAAAAUUAAUAGAAAGUGGAAUAAAAUUAAUCGAAGUACAUGAUAAUGGAAAAGGAAUAAAAAAAAUAAAUUUUGAAAAUGUUUGUGCUAGACAUGCUACAUCAAAAAUAAGUGAAUUUAAUGAUAUUCAGAAUUCUUUGAAUACUUUGGGUUUUAGAGGUGAAGCAUUAAAUUCUUUAUGCAUGUUAAGUGAUUUAAAUAUCACUACUAAAAAUGAUGAAAGUGAACAUGGUUAUUUAUUAAAAUUUGAUAAGCUCGGAAAGUUAGUUCAUGAAGAGCCAAUUGCAAGAUUAAGAGGAACAACUGUUAGUUGUGAAAAUAUCUUUAAAAAUAUACCUAUAAGAAAAAAGGAUUUUAUAAAAAAUAUAAAAACGCAAUUAUCUCAAUUGCUGCUUUUGAUGCAGCAGUAUGCUAUUAUUUAUCAUCAAAUAAAAUUUUCUAUUAAUAAUAUUGUUGUAACUAAAGGAGUAACAAAAAAUAUUAAUUUAUUAAUGACGAAUGGAAAUGAUAACAUAAUAAAAAACUUCUAUUCAAUUUUUGGGAAAAGAAAUAUUGGAAAUUUAAUGGAAUUUAAUAUUGAUUCCGAUUGUUGGAAAAUAAGAGGAUUUAUUAGUGAUAAUAAUAGUGGAAGAAGAGAUAAAGAUUUACAAUUUUAUUAUAUGAAUAGUAGACCUAUACAUAUAUUAAAAAAUGUAAAUAAAAUUAUUAAUACUAUUUUCAGAGAAUUUAAUAGUAGAUUAUACCCAAUUAUCAUAAUUAAUAUUUUAUCGGAUACUAAAAAUAUAGAUAUUAAUGUUACACCUGAUAAAAGAGAAGUUUUUUUUACAUUUGAAAAUGAAAUGUGUGAGCAAAUUAAAAAUUCUCUAGUGAAGUUACUAACACCUAAAACGAAUAAUUUAAUUGAUACACAAAUUGGUGAUUACUUUUUGAAGAGUAAUAAUAUAUUAUCUAAAAAUAAUAAUUUAAAAAUAGAAAAUGAUUAUGAAAAAGACCUUCAUAAUUUAAACAAAAGCAAUAAAAAUAAUGAUUGCUCAAAUAAUGAAAGUUGUGAUAACAUUUAUAUUAAAAAGGAAAAGGAUAACAUUAAUGAUUACGAUAAUGAUGAUAAUAAAAAUGGUAGUUAUGACAAAGACAAUAUCUUAAAAAUAGAAGGCAAUAAUAAUAUAAAAGUAUGUUAUAAUAAUCGAGAUAAUAAUAAUUAUUAUACAAAUAAUGAAUUUCAAAAUAAUAGUAACAAUAUUAAUGAUACGAAUUUUGAAAAUACGUAUAGUUUUUAUAAAAAUGAAAUGAGUUCUGAAGAUAAAAAUAUAGAGAAACAAAGUGUAAAUUCUGUUAUAAAUGAAAAUAAAGUUAAUGAACACAAUUAUUCUAUGUUUGUAAAAAAAGAGAGAGAAAAACAAGUAUUUAAAUAUGAUAACUAUGUUACUUCUAAAGAGGAAAAUUUUGUUUAUGAUUCCUUAAAUACAAACACAAAAGAAAAAUUUGAUAAUGAAAAUGAGGCAUGUCCUUAUUAUUCUGAUUAUGUUCAAUUCAAAAAUAUAAACAAGGAUGAUAAUAUAAUAUAUCACGAAAAGGGAACCACUGAUAUUCAAAUAAAUAAUAAUAUAAACACUAUAAAAAAAUCAUUAGAACAUAAUAUGAUUAAAAAAGAAAAACCAAAAAACGAAUAUAAAUUAAAAAAUGAUAAAAAUGAUAACAUAUACGAAUACAAAUUAGAAAAUAAUGAAAGUGAUAAUGUGUACGAAUAUAAAUUAAAAAAUGAUACAAAUGAUAAUAUAUAUGAAUACAAAUUAGAAAAUAAUGAAAGUGAUAAUGUGUACGAAUAUAAAUUAAAAAAUAAUGAAAAAGAAAAUGAAAAUAUGUAUGAAUAUAAAUUAGAAAAUUAUGUAAACGAAAAUACAAAUGAAAAUAAAUUAAAAAAUGAUGAAAAAGAGAAAGUAUAUGAAUACAAAUUAAAAAAUGAUGAUGAAAAUAUGUAUGAAUAUAAAUUGGAAAAUAAUGAAAAAGAAAAUGAAAAUAUGUAUGAAUAUAAAUUAGAAAAUUAUGUAAACGAAAAUACAAAUGAAAAUAAAUUAAAAAAUGAUGAAAAAGAGAAAGUAUAUGAAUACAAAUUAAAAAAUGAUGAUGAAAAUAUGUAUGAAUAUAAAUUGAAAAAUAAUGAAAAUGAAAACACGUAUGAAUAUAAAUUUAAAAAUAUUCAAAAUGAGUUUAGCAGUUCACAAGUAAGCGAACAUAAAAUGAAAAUAAUAAAGGUAGAACAAGAAAAUUCAAAUUAUGAUUAUACUGAUUAUUCUUUUGAUGAUUUAAAAGAAAAUAUAAGAAGUAGUUGUAUUAAAAGUAUUCCUAUAGAUAUCAAUAUGUAUAUCAAUAGAGAAAAAUUGAGAAGUGGCUAUGAUUAUGAUCAAAUACAUUUAAUAAAUUUAACAAAUAGCGAGAAAAUUAAAAAUAUUGUUUUUCAUAAAAUGAAAGAUGAAAGCAAAUUAAAUAAUUAUUUAUGUUUAACUGAUAAUGACCAGGAGAAUGAUUAUAAAAACUUAUUUAAUAGUGAUUUAAAUAUAAAAGAGAGCAUCAAUACCACUAAGAACAGCAAUAAUAGUAAUAGUGAAGAUAUCAACUUUAGUAAUAUUGAUGAAAAUCAGAAAGACUUAUAUUUUAAGUCAAAUUUAUUUGAAAAAUUGAAAAUAUGUGGGCAGUUUAAUAGAGGUUUUGUUAUAUCCAAAAUUGACUUAAAUUAUUUUAAAAAUCAAUUUAAUCAAGAAAAUAGUAAUUUUUCUGAUAAUAGUAAUAAUAAAAAUUAUAAUAAGAAUGAUUAUGCUUUAUUUAUAAUAGAUCAACAUGCAGCUGAUGAAAAAUCCAAUUUUGAAAAAUAUAAUAAAACUUUUACUAUGAAAUCUCAAAAAUUAAUAAGCAAAAUUAAUUUGCAACUAAGCCCAGCGCAAAUACAUAUUAUUCAAAAAAAUUUAGAAAUAUUUUUAGAAAAUGGAUUUGAAGUAGAAAUAGUUGAAGAGUCGAUACAUAAAAAAAGAAAAUUAAAUAAUAUAAACGAAGAAGAAGAAGAAAUGCUCAUGGAAAUAAAAGUAUACUUAUUAUCAUUACCAGUUUUUAAUGGAAAAAUAUUAGAAGUCGUAGAUUUUAUGUCACUUUUGUAUCAUCUCACUGAGCAUCCAGUAACAUUUGAUAAAAGAAGUUUUGAAAUUUUUAUAGAAAAUAAACAUCAAUCAAAUGGAAAAGUAGAUACUUGGUUUAAUUAUAACUUUCCUAGACCUCAAAAAGUUUGGAGAAUUUUAGCAUCAAAAGCUUGUAGAAAUGCAAUAAUGGUAGGAAAAACUUUAAAUAUUUCUGAAAUGAUAAAAAUAAAAAAAAAAUUAAGUGUAUUAAAGAAUCCAUGGAAUUGUCCUCAUGGUAGACCUACUAUUAAAUAUAUCAUUAAUAAUGUUGAUAUAAAAAAUUGCUUUAAAAAUUACUACUUAAAAUUAUAUGAUGAAAUUUCAAAUUUAAUUUUAACAAAAAAUUAUGAAGCAUAUAAAUAUCUUUUUCAUAAUCAUAUAUUUUUUUUAAUUAUGUCAACUAAACCAUUACUUGGGCCUAUAUUGAAAUUUCAGUAA